AUGGCUAUUCUGCGUCUAUUAUCGGAGGAGGUGUUUGACUUCUCGGCGGACCAAAUGACCUCGUCGAAGACGAAGAGCUUGAAGACAACGAUGUGCGCAGAGUUCUCGGCCAUCUUCCAGCUCUGCAACGAAGUUCUUAACAGUGCCACCCAGCCAAGCUUGAUUAAGGCUACCCUCGAGACCCUCCUCCGCUUCUUCAACUGGAUACCCCUUGGCUACAUUUUCGAGACCCCCUUGAUUGAUACCCUACGAACAAGAUUCCUGGAGACGCCCGACUUUCGAAAUAUUACUCUGAAGUGCCUGACAGAAAUUGGUGGCCUGCAGACUGGUCAAGGCAACGCUUACGAUGAGAAAUUGGUUCAUAUGUUCACUGAAGUCUUGACAACAAUUUCGAAAAUCAUCCCACUUGCUAUGGACCUAAAGUCUACUUACAACUCCAGCAACUCCAGGGACCAGGAAUUUAUCCAGAACCUGGCUCUUUUCCUCACGAACUUCUUCAGUGUCCACCUCAGCCUUAUUGAGAACCUUAUAAACCGGGAUUUCCUCACCCACGCCCACUUCUACCUCAUUCGCAUAUCGCAAAUCGAGGACCGAGAGAUUUUCAAGAUCUGCUUGGAAUACUGGACGAAGCUUGUUCAAGAGUUAUACGAUGAGAUGCUGUCUCUUCCCAUGACCGAUGUCAACCCUCUCGUCAAUAUGGGCGUCGGUGGUCUGCAAAGCCCUGGCGCACCAAAUCCAAGCGUACUAGCGAACUACCCCCUUCGGAAACAUAAAUACAACGAAGUGCUCUCUAAUCUUCGAGUGGUCAUGAUCGAGAAGAUGGUCAGACCAGAAGAAGUUUUGAUCGUGGAGAAUGAUGAGGGAGAAAUCGUGAGAGAAUUUGUCAAGGAGAGUGAUACCAUUCAGCUGUACAAGACCACAAGAGAGUGUCUUGUGUACCUGACCCAUUUGGACGUCGUAGAUACCGAGAGUAUCAUGACGGACAAGCUCGCGAGACAAGUCGACGGUUCAGAGUGGUCAUGGGCCAACUGCAACACUUUGUGCUGGGCUAUCGGAUCCAUUUCCCUGGCUAUGAACGAAGAGACCGAGAAGCGAUUCCUGGUUACCGUCAUCAAGGAUCUCCUUGGCUUGACUGAGAUGAAGAGAGGUAAGGACAACAAGGCAGUGGUGGCCAGUAACAUCAUGUACAUUGUUGGUCAAUAUCCCCGGUUCCUGAAGGCACACUGGAAGUUCCUGAAGACCGUCGUCAAUAAGCUGUUUGAGUUCAUGCACGAGUCGCAUGAAGGCGUCCAGGACAUGGCUUGCGAUACUUUCAUCAAGAUUGCGAGACAAUGCAAGCGCCACUUCGUUGCAUUGCAGCCAGGAGAGAACGAGCCUUUUAUCGAAGAGAUUGUACGAACUAUGCGCAAGAUCACUUGCGAUCUCUCACCACAGCAAGUUCACACAUUCUACGAGGCUUGCGGAUACAUGAUUGCUGCACAACCUCAGAAGAAUGCGCAGGAGAGGCUCAUUCAUGAGCUGAUGUCAUACCCUAAUGCUGCCUGGGAUGCCAUCAUUUCACAAGCCACAUCAAAUCCCCAGAUUCUGCAGGAUCCGGAAACGAUCAAGGUCAUUGGCAAUGUCAUGAAGACCAAUGUAUCCGCAUGCAUGUCGAUUGGAAGCUAUUUCUACCCUCAAAUUGGGAGAAUUUACCAUGACAUGCUGUCCAUGUACCGAGCCACCAGCCAAAUGAUCUCCGACGCGGUCGCUCGUGAUGGUGAAAUCGCAACGAAGAUGCCGAGAGUCCGGGGCUUAAGAACGAUCAAGAAGGAGAUCUUGAAGCUCAUCGAGAUAUAUGUCGAGAAAGCUGAUGAUCUGGAGAUGGUCCGAACAAUUAUCGUACCAGCUCUCCUCGAUGCAGUCUUGGUCGACUACAAUCGGAAUGUACCCAACGCUCGAGACGCCGAAGUCCUGAAGGUCAUGUCGGCCAUCAUCACCAAGCUCGCUGCUCUCAUGGAAGAUCAAGUACCAAACAUCAUGGAAAAUGUUUUUGAGUGCACGCUGGAGAUGAUUAACAAGGACUUCUCUGAGUUCCCGGAGCACCGUGUCGAGUUUUUCACACUUCUUCGUGCUAUCAAUCUGAAAUGCUUCCCAGCUCUGCUCAAGCUCGACAACAGACAAUUCAAGUUCGUCAUCGAUUCUUGCAUGUGGGCUAGCAAGCACGACAAUCGCGAGGUCGAAUAUGCUGGUCUCAAUAUGUGUCUAGAGUUGAUCACCAACAUUGCCGAAACCGAUCCCGGAACCUCGAAUGCUUUCUUCCAGCAAUUUUUUGUUCCGGUCCUCCAAGAUGUCUUCUUCGUUCUCACUGACACAGAUCACAAGGCUGGUUUCAAGUCACAAUCGAGUUUACUGUCGCGCAUGUUUUUCUUCGUGCACCCAGCCGAUGGUACUGCACCCAAGAUUCAGGGGCCAGUCUACCAGCCAGAUCAGGCUCCUGCCGGAACUACAAACAAGGACUACUUGAGUGGUUUUGUUUCGAACUUGUUGCAAAAUGCUUUCCCUAACUUACAAGCUGGCCAGAUCAAAAUGUUUGUCGAGGGACUGUUCACUCUGAAUAAUCUCAAUGACAAGUUCAAGUUGAAUCUUCGAGAUUUUUUGAUCCAGUUGAAGGAGUUUGCAGGAGAUAAUGCUGAGCUUUUCGCGGAGGAGAAGGAGCAAUCAGAGAGGGAUGCCAAGGCGGCUGAGCGAGAACGUUUAUCGAAGGUUGGCGGCUUACUCAAGCCUGCUGAACUUGCGGAAGAUGAUGAUGAGCUAUGA